CCUGUUACCCAAAAUCAUUAUGAUCUUUCUUGGCAGUUUGUCAGUGUCAGUUCCAGGAAAUCAAGACAAUAUGACAAGUUAUCAACCACAUCUCAAGAUAUUCACCGAGCGCACCGUUAUCAGCCAAUGAACGAAGCUUAGCUUACGAUGCAAAAAGGAAGCUUGGUAGCCAAGUCUUGCCGUUUUGAGAGUAUAUAUACACAGCAUUCAGCAGUGGUGGAAUCAGGUAGCUCUGGCCUUCAAACAACCAAAGUCUUGAGAGACCCAAGCAGACAGACAAAAUGAAGACUAUACUACUGCUCGUUUUCGCUGUCUUGGUCUCCAGCGCUCCUGCGGAACACAACGAUAAGAACUUAUUGGGAGAGAUUAUUGAUGAGCUGGACAAAGCAGUGAACAUUUUCUCAAAAGAGAACAAGGGAAAUGAAAUCUUCCUGAAAAAACUGCAAAUGGUUGGCUGUAAGCGUGAGGUAUUCUGCCAGGCUGAGCAAGAACUGAUAAAGAAGGUUUCUGGGCUGUCUGGUGCCAAAUUUGACCAUUUGCGUAUUGACAAGAAACUAAUGAGGACUUUAAACAUGUAUAACAAGCGCCAUGUGAAAACCUGCAAACCUGCUGAUGAAGACCAAGAUGAAAUACUUCUGCAUGCUUUCUUGAAAAAUCUCUUGACGUGUGUUAAGAGUGCAUAUAGCCAUGUCAAUGCACGUUUUGUGCAGUAUUUCUGUGAAGUGACUGAAAAGAACUUUUCAAUGAAGCGCAUUCCUGCGAAUCUCAGCGAAAUGACUUUACCGGCAGAGCUUGAGGAUGAGCUGGACAUGGCAAUGAGCAAUGUCCUGAAGGAGACCAAGGAAAAGAAAAUCUUACUGAAAGAUGCGAUAAGUGACAAGAUUUUAGUGGAAGCAACUGAUGAUGAGCUGGACACGUCAAUGAAAAAUGUCUCAAAGGAAAAAGAGGGGGGGGAAAUCUUACCAAAAGGUGCAAUAAGCAAUAAGACUUUACCAGAAGAGCUUGAUGAUGAGCUGAACAAAGCAGUGAAACAUGUCCCAAAAGAGGCCGAGGAAAAGAAAGUCUUACUGAAAGUUGCGAUAAGCGAUAAUACUCCUAAAAGUCACAGCGAUAAGAAAUUAUUGGGAGAGAUUAUUGAUGAGCUGGACAAAGCAUUGAGAAUUUUCUCAAAGGAGAACAAGGGAAAUGAAAUCUUCCUGACAAAACUGCAAAUGGAUGGCUGUAGGCGUGAGGUAUUCUGCCAGGCUGAGCAAGAACUGCUAAAGAAGGUUUCUGGGCUGUCUGGUGCCAAAUUUGACCAUUUGCGUUUUGGCAAGAAACUAAUGAGGACUUUAAACAUGUAUAACGAGCGCCAUGUGAAAACCUGCAAACCUGCUGAUGAAGACCAAGAUCCAAUCCUUCUGCAUGCUUUCUUGAAAAAUCUCUUGACGUGUGUUAAGAGUGCAUAUAGCCAUGUCAAGUAA